AUGUCUGCAGAAACAAUCGCACGUUGGAAUGCAAUAUCACUCGUUCGGAAGCGCUCCAGGUCUAGAUCGAGGUCGGAUAAGGAAGACGACCCAGAUGAUGACAUUUCUAUAGUCUCUCGCUCGCCUUCCCCCAUGCCAUUAGAUCGAGAUGAAACUCAGGAGUACGACGCGUUCCACAAAGGGCCAAAACGAGAGACAGUAACUGUUCACACAAAAAUCGAAUCAUCGAACAUUGGUCACAAGUUGUUGUCGAAAAUGGGUUGGAAAGAAGGCGAAGGCCUUGGGUUGUCAGGACAAGGUCGGGUAGAACCCAUACCGUUUGUGCUUAAGAGUGAUUCCACGGGGAUUGGAAAGUCAGCUCAGGAUUUACGCGUCCUUGCUGUGACUGCAACUCAGCGAAGGGAUAUGGAUGCAGAGCGGCAGAGUAGGGAAACCGUCGAGCAACGGCAACAACGCGAGAAUACAGUUGCCAAAGCAGCUGCUAUAAGGUCUGAGAUUGCAACGACUUUGCGACCCUUCUACUGCGAACUAUGUGACAAACAAUACACUACGAUUGCUCAGUAUGAUGAACACAUUCGUAGCUAUGCGCAUACCCACAAACAGAGAUUCAAAGAUAUGGAAGCAGCACAAAAACCCAAGGAUAUAUCAAAAGCCCGAGAGAAGGAGCGCAAACGCGAAGAGAAAGAGCUUAAGCGUCUGGCAGCUGCUUCGGGAGUGAAACUCGCCGCUAUCCCAAAACCAGUUGUACCCGUUACCCUCGCCUCACAGCCUGUGGACACGACUUUGGCGGAUGUUCCGCCUAAUGGAGGUGGUGGCGGUUGGACUUCAUUUAAGAAGAACAAUUCCGGAGGAUUUAGACCUGCAGGGUGGGCAACCGUACAAGGAUCCUCAUCAGGGACUCCGGGAACCACUGGAGCCUCGGGGACGACAGGGACGGGAGGCUGGGCAAGAGUUACAAGAUCAGCCUCGUCCCCCGACGGGCAGCCAAUGUCAGCUAUCACGGCGCCUUCCCCGGGGAUCGUGAAGGAUGGACUAACAGACACUCCGAAACCUCGGGGAAACCCGAUAUUCCAGAGCUCUGGCUUCACGCGACUUGACACAACAACAGAUAUCCAAUCAACCCUGACAAUUUCGCCUCCUGCCUGGAAGUCUCCGACACUCACAGCUGAAGCACCAGCCUCUAGAUGGUCGAGCCUAGACGCACCCCCUUCUCACUCAAUUCCCCUCAGCCAGUCCUCGCCGGAGGCAGAGCGUGGCGUCAAAGGGUCCUCAACAAGCGAUGCAUCCCUCCCAUUACUUCGAUCGCAAAUUUCUGCACCUGCCCAUGCUCCAGAACCGACUAUGCCUUCACCGCCCAUUCCCCGCUUACCUCCUCCCUCGUCACCACCACCAUCCCAUCGCCCCCCUUCCCCUCCACGAUCUGUUCCCUACAACCUCGGUCAACGUCCUAGAACACUCUCACCUAAGGAGUAUGAUUCUUCAAUCAUGCCCCAUUUCGAUGAUUCCCGAUCUCAUCCUCGAGAACAGUGGCAUGGGGACGAUGAUUACCACAAUAAUCGACCUCAACGCGGGUAUGGUCCUGGAUACGAUCGUCGUGACCCAUACCAAGAGCGGUUUAGCGGGGAUACCUAUAACCGAGAUGAUUAUGGACGCAGGGAUAAUUUCGAGAGAAGGGAUGACAAUUACAGGGAUGGACACGCUGAUAGGUUUUGGGACCACCGUGGGCGGGGAUACUAUGGACGUCGUUUCUAGGGUCUAACCCUGACCGCUUGGAUAUUCAUAUUGUGUAAGUUGGACGGUUCAAUAAUUAUUUAGGACUCUGAGGCCGUAUAUGAAAAUGCCUGGGUGGAAUACGGUACACGAGUGAACAGAUCAAACAAGGUUUCAAACAGUGAAUAAACUUCAACGAAUGGUACAAGAUGUCCGUCCGGGCGAUGGCCCCGUUGUUAGCGUGGCGAUUGUAACGUCCUGAAUGAGGUUGCUCUCCAUUCCGGUAUCGAUUAUUAUUUUAAAGCCAGCAGGGUUUGGGGCUGUCAGAUUGAACGUGCAUGGAUGCACACACGGGUGCUGUUUGCGCUGGGCUACUCCUCGCACAUUGGGUCGAGACUGGCCGGUCAGAUAUAUAUAAUCCCACUGCAUCGGCAAUCUGAC